AUGUCAAUUUUUGUCAGAUUUCUUGACAUUGAGUCUAAAACUUUUAGGGAAGAGUUGCUAACAAUAUUGCCUCUGAAAGGUACUCGAGGAGAAGAUUUAUUCAAGGUAAUUGAUGAAUUUAUUACUAAAUCUAACAUCAGUUACGAUAAAAUUGUGUCGCUUUCAACUGACGGGGCCCCAGCAAUGAUUGGCAAAGAAAAAGCUGUAGUAAAGAGAAUUAGGGAUAAAAAUCCAGGCCUAAUAUCAUAUCAGUGUAUAAUUCACCAGGCAGCCCUUUGUGGAGAACUUAGCGCUACACUGAAAGAAGUGAUGGACAGCUUAGUGAAGUUAGUAAAUUUUAUGAGAUCUCAUUCUGCUCUUCAGCACCUACAUUUCAAGGAGUUUCUUUUUGAAUGUGAUUCAGCGUAUUCUGACUUACUGCAACACAACAAUGUUCGUUGGCUAAGUAAAGGUCAAGUUAUUGAACGUUUUUGGCUAAUAAAAGAACAAGUAACCUCCUUCUUGCAAAACUUAGAUACGCAGGGAGCUAAGAAGCAGCUUGAGUUCGUAACAAAUAAGCGCAAUAUGCUGGUUGUGGCUUUUCUAAAAGAUAUUUUGAAAUAUUUAAAUGCGCUCAACACAGUUACAAGAAAAUGGAAAAUUAAUAUGUGA